AGAAAGAGAAGAAGCUAGCAUUGAUGCUUCCCAAUCCAGCACGCAGAAAAAUGCCUCUGUAAUUGUAAACCCUCACCUACCUCUGUAAAAAAGUUAAAAAAAUUGUUCCCAUUUCCUGAAUAAAUUGAGAAAUUCCAGUUGUCUGGUUGUUACAAACGUUUAUUGAAAAUUUAAAUAGGUUUGGUGGUGAAUAAAGAAAAAUAGUUUUUUGUCGGAAAUUUUUUGUGUUACAUUGAUUUUGUUUUUUUCCUUAAACUGUUACCUUACCACUGUCAUUUUAAUUUCUGUUCAUAAUUGCUCUGUUUCUGGGUUUGAAUCACGUUAUGCAUUUUUCUUUUAAUAUUUAUUUAUUUAGAGAAAAUGAAAAGAAAAAUUGUGAAUCGAAGUAUCAAAGUUGAAAAUGACGUGUUGAGCUGUUUCUCUUUCAAAAUCCACUUUCAUGUUUCAAUAUUUCACUCCCUGAAACCCCGUUUGUGAGAAAGUGUUGUUUUGUUAGCGUAUGAGUUUGCUCCUAAUGUCACAAUGUUUUUGAGACGCAUUGCUUUGCUUUCUUCCUCCACGCGUCUGUCACCGCUUUCAUUUUGUUUUCUGACAACAAUGAGAUCAAGGUUUUAGUCUUUUACUACUACUACUACUACCCUUUUAUGAUUUGUUUUGUUUUUUGAGAUAAAGGAGACAUUUUGGUUGGAAAUAAGGGUGGGAACUGAAAAGUGAGGGUUUGUUUUAUGUUUCUUGAGGUGGGUUUGUGAGAUCAGGUCUAGAAAUGGCACCUUUGUUUGAUUGGGGGGUGAAGGAACCACAGAGAGGAACCCCAGUGGUGGUGAAGAUGCAGAAUCCUAAUUGGUCUAUGGUUGAACUUGAGGGUCCUUCUGAUGAAGAUUUACUCAUCACUGACCCUUCUUCAGCUGGGUCAAGAGAUAAAGGAAGAGGCAAAAAUGCUAAGCAGCUCACUUGGGUGCUUCUCCUUAAAGCUCAUAGAGCUGCUGGUUGCUUAACCUCCAUUGCUCCUGCAAUGCUGGGUCUGGUUUCGGCUGUGAAGCGCCGCGUGGCUUCGGGGAGGACGGAUGUUGAUGCGGAUAGUGAGGGUGGCGGAGGCAGGGAGAAGGAGAAUCCUACUGUGAAGAGCAGAUUCUAUUUGUUCAUCAAGGUGUUUUUAUGGUUGUCUGUGAUUCUGUUGUGUUUUGAGGUGGCUGCUUAUUUUAAAGGUUGGCAUCUUCAGUUGGAGUAUUUGUUUUGGGCACCUGCAUUUUGGGUUAAGGAUUUUUUCGGUUGGGUUUACGCGCUGUGGGUUUUGAUUCGUGUGGAGUAUCUUGCUCCUCCAUUGCAGCUCCUGACCUAUGCUUGUAUUGUGCUGUUCCUUAUUCAGAGUUUGGAUAGGUUGGUUCUUUGUUUAGGUUGUUUUUGGAUCCGGUUUAAGAAGAUCAAGCCUGUUCCGAAAGACGGUGCUGUAGAUCUUGAAUCUGGAGAGAAAGGUUUCUGCCCCAUGGUACUAGUGCAGAUCCCUAUGUGCAAUGAGAAAGAGGUUUAUCAGCAAUCAAUUGCUGCUGUCUGUAAUUUGGAUUGGCCUAAGUCCAAGUUGUUAAUUCAAGUUCUUGAUGAUUCUGAUGAUCCUACAACACAGUCGUUGAUCAACGAGGAGGUCCAAAAAUGGCAGCAAGAGGGUGCCAACAUUUUGUACCGGCACCGGGUGAUCAGGGAUGGGUACAAGGCCGGUAAUUUGAAAUCUGCAAUGAAUUGUAACUAUGUGAAAGACUAUGAGUUCGUUGCAAUUUUUGAUGCCGAUUUCCAACCUACCCCAGAUUUCCUUCGAAAAACUGUUCCUCAUUUUAAGGAUAAUGAUGAAUUAGGACUUGUUCAAGCAAGAUGGUCCUUUGUGAAUAAGGAUGAGAACCUGCUAACAAGGUUGCAGAACAUUAAUUUGUCCUUCCAUUUUGAGGUGGAACAGCAAGUCAAUGGGAUUUUCAUCAAUUUCUUUGGGUUCAAUGGAACGGCUGGAGUGUGGAGAAUAAAGGCUUUGGAGGAUUCUGGUGGUUGGUUGGAGAGGACCACCGUGGAGGACAUGGACAUUGCCGUUCGAGCUCAUCUUCAUGGCUGGAAAUUUGUUUUCCUCAAUGAUGUUGAGUGCCAAUGUGAGCUACCCGAAUCUUAUGAAGCUUACAGGAAACAGCAGCAUAGAUGGCAUUCUGGGCCAAUGCAAUUGUUCCGCCUUUGUUUGCCUGAUAUCAUAAGGUCCAAGAUAAGCAUAUGGAAGAAAUUCAAUAUGAUAUUUCUGUUCUUUCUCCUUAGAAAACUGAUAUUACCAUUCUAUUCAUUCACCCUUUUUUGCAUAAUACUGCCUAUGACAAUGUUUGUCCCGGAAGCUGAGAUUCCGGCAUGGGUUGUUUGUUACAUCCCUGCUGCCAUGUCAUUUCUCAACAUUCUUCCUGCUCCAAAAGCUUUCCCUUUCAUUGUUCCUUAUCUCCUAUUUGAGAACACCAUGUCAGUUACCAAAUUCAAUGCCAUGAUCUCUGGCCUGUUCCAGCUCGGGAGUGCAUACGAGUGGGUGGUUACUAAAAAAUCCGGCCGUUCCUCGGAGGGUGAUCUGGCUUCAUUGGUUGAGAAAGGGCCAAAGCCUCAAAGAGGAGCCUCAGCACCUGAUCUCGAGGAAAUGAAAGAGGAAUUUCGAAGGCAGGAGGAGGAGGAAAAGGGGUCUAGGUCUAAGAAGAAGAAAAAGCAUAACAGAAUAUAUAUGAAGGAGCUUGCUUUGGCCUUUCUACUUCUAACAGCCUCAGCUAGGAGUCUCCUCUCUGCUCAGGGGAUCCACUUCUACUUCUUGCUAUUUCAGGGUGUAUCAUUUCUACUAGUUGGCCUAGACUUGAUUGGUGAACAAGUGGACUGAGUGCAUGUUUGGAUACACGGCGGAAAACCACAGUGAGCCAAAAUUACGGUGCAUGAUUCAUAUACACCGAAAAAACAAGGAGGGGUAACCAGGCUCUGAAUCAUAUCAAUGAAGACACUUAUUGGGGUCACUGGAGAAUGAAUAGGACACAGAGCAGAGUGGUUUAUUUUCUUGCUCAUGCUCCUGUCCCUCCAGGCUUGUAAAUCACUUCCACGCAGUAAGAGACUAUUGUGUUUUUAUGGACUGAAAAGAUUUCAAUUUGAAAACAUGGGUGUAUAAUUAAGCUUACCCUUUCUUUUUUUCCUUUUCCAAUUCAAAUUUUGUAAUUUUAUGUGGAUUCCAUUCUGCUGGAUCAAUUCUUUCUUGUAAGAAAAUUUGUGGUUCUAACUUCAAACAUCAAUUUGGAACAAAA